AUGAUGGAAAAAAAAUUGUUGCUAAAAUAUCAGAUUAUGGACUAACUAAAGAGGAAAAAAGAGAUUUAAAAUAAUUAGUAGGAACACCAAAUUAUAUGGCUCCUGAAAUAAUACUAUCUGCUUAGAAGAAAGGAUUAAAAUAUGGUGAUAAGAUAGAUGUUUGGUCUUUUGGAUUAAAUUUAUUUGAAAUGUUUACUUGCUAGUAAAUAUUUAAAGGCGAUUAAAAAUAGAUUUUUAAUUCACUUAUUCACUAUAAUAUAGUAAAUUGGUGAUAAGAUGCCUUUUAAAAGAUCCUAAAAAAAGACCUGA